AUGGAGGUGGAGGUGGAGACAGGGGUGGUGGAGAGGGUGGGGGAGGAGAUGGAGGUGGGGGUGGUGGAGAAGGUGGCGGUGGAGAGGGCGGGGGUGGAGAUGGAGGUGGAGGGGGUGAUGGAGGUGGUGGAGGCGAUCGCGGAGGUGGUGGUGGAGAUGGACAAAGGAUGUUUAAGCCUGACAACUGCACGUGAUGGACAUAAUCUUGGAAAGAAUUGUCCAAAUAAUGUGCAAAACGUGGAUAGAGGCGGAGACGGAGGUGGUGGAGGCAGGGAUGGAGGUGGAGGCGAGGGAGGUGGAGGGGAUGGGGGUGGAGGCGGAGGCGAGGGAGGUGGUGGAGAGGGUGGAGGCGGAGAUGGAGGUGGAGGGGUGAUGGGGGAGGCGGUGGAGGCGAUGGCGGUGGCGGAGGUCAACAAAAGAUGGAAAUAG